CUGCUCAAGGCAGAGCCCACCAAGGACGAGCUGGCCAAGAUAUCCGACUCAGUCAGCCUACCCAUUCCAGUGGUGAAGAAGUGGUUUGACAAAAUGCAGGAUGGCCAGAGGUCUCUGGGGGCCCCCACCCCUCCCUCAGAGCAGCAGGACACCUGUGAGGCUCACCACGUGGUGUCCCUGGUUCCAGGGCGGGAUGCAGCUGCCACCAGUCCUCCAGAGAGUCAGGACAGUCCCACUGAAGCCACGCCGGCCGAGGGCCAUGGCGCUCGCAGCUCCCCGGCCCCCCCCUCACCACUAAACCUGACAGGGGGGGGGCCUGGCCAAGCUGAUAGCCCUCAGAGCACGGAGGGGCCCUUAGACCUGUCUCUGCCAAAGCCCGCCAGAGAGCAGGCCGAGGGCGUGCAGCCCAGGGUGUGCGCUCACCCCCCCCCUUCCCCCGCCGCCACCAACCAGGAAGAACCCCUGAACUUAACUUGCACAAAGAAAGACGCAUCACCACUCUCAGCGAUGGGGGGCUGCCCUGUCACACUGUAUGCCAGCCAGCUAAGUGCCAAACCCCUGGACAUUGUGACCACCAUGCAGUGCCUCAGAGCACUGGCCAGCAAACGCCCACAGACCAUCCUCAUCCCCCAGCUGGCCUACACCUACAGCACGGCCGCCAGCAGCCCCGCCGGGACCACCACCCCGGACAGCCUCAGCCUCAGCGGAGUCAAGGUGCGCAUGGCCUUCCCAGUGUGUAUGGGGGGGGGCAGCUGCUGCUCAGAGGAGGCCUCGGAAGGAACGUGCCCCAUGGAGGAGCAGAACGACUCAGACUCCGGUCCUGUGAGGAAGAAGAUGAAGAAGACGGACGCCGGCAUGUACGCCUGCGACCUGUGUGACAAAAUCUUCCAGAAGAGCAGCUCGCUGCUGAGACACAAAUACGAACACACAGGGAAGCGGCCUCAUGAGUGUGGCAUCUGCAGCAAAGCCUUCAAACACAAGCACCACCUGAUCGAACACAUGCGCCUCCAUUCAGGGGAGAAGCCCUACCAGUGCGACAAGUGUGGGAAGCGCUUCUCCCACUCGGGCUCCUACUCCCAGCACAUGAACCACCGCUACUCCUACUGCAAGAAGGAGAGCCAGAGCCCAGCCGGAGGCCGGGAGAGCCCAGAGGACGGCCAGGCCCUGGAGGCCCCUCAGAGGCAGCACCAAGCCCCCUCCCUGCCGGACGAGGACGAGCGAGGGAGCAGCGCCCGAGAGGAGGAGGACAGCGAGGAGGAGGAGGAGGAGGAGGAGGAGGAGGAGGAGGAAGGUGUGCUGGACAUGGACGAUAUCCAGGUGGUGCGGAUAGGGGAUGAUGGAGGUGAGGAGGAGCAAGAGAAGAAGAGUGAAGAGAAGAUAGAGACCACUAAAGAGGUUGGGGACAGAGAGGAGGAAACAACAAGGAUAGAGGAGGAAGUGGAGGCUGGCACAAGGGAGGAGGAGGAGGAGGUGCUGAAGAGUGCUCACGAGGAGGAGGCAGUUCACACACAGGGAGGUGAGGUCAAAGAGAAAAGCAGCGGCCAAUCAAAUGAGAGCAGGCCCUGUGAAGCAGAAGGCCAUGCAGACUAA